AUGAGUUUAUUCGUUGGAAAUAUAUCUCGAAGCUUGCGGUAGGACGAACUGCACGACCAGUUUGACAAGUUCGUUAUACUGAAGGGAUCAUAUGCUUUUGUUGAGUUCAAAGAUGAGAGAGACGCUGAAGAUGCAAUAGCAGAUUUGAAUAACAAAGAACUUGGUGGCUAAAAAAUAGCAAUAGAGUGGAGUAAAAAGAGUGGCAAGUAUGAUCCUAAAAGUCAAGGCAGAAGUGGCAGAGGCCGAAGAGACAGCAGAGAACGGGAUUUCGGAGGAGGAGGAAAUAAAAACUGUUUUAAUUGUGGGAAGCCAGGGCAUUUUGCUAGAGACUGCAGAUCAAGGAAAAGAUCAAGAUCAAGCAGAAGAGGAGGUGGCGGUGGAGGCCGCGGCAGAGAUAGUCCGAGGAGGGAAAGUCCCAGAAGAGAUAGGGAUAGUCCAAGAAGAGAUAGGGACAGAGGUGGUAAAAACUCGCAAUCCACUCGAGAUAGAGAUAGCAGUAGAAGAAGAGAUGAUAGCAGAGAAAAAGCAGAUAAAAGAGGCAGAAGCAACUCCUAUCCUAAAAAGGUAAUGAACAAAGGAAUAUGA